GGCACCUGCCAUAUUGGUCUUGGAGUCGUGUGCCAUAUUUCUCGUUCAAAACAUGCCUGUUUCAAACUGAAUAGGAUAUUACCCGUUUCCCUUUUUCUUUUAAGAAUGUGGAACUGAAGCCAUGAAAGAAGUCAGCCGUCUGUUGUUCCUGGCGGCUUUGGCCGUUUUGGGACAGAGAACCAGCUUUGGGUUGGGUGCUCCGAUACAAAGCCCAUUUCCUUUAGGCACCAUAGGCUGUCUGCUGAGUGACGUGUGUGCCCCAGGCCAGCAGUGUAAAGAUGAUCAGCUUUUUUGGCAGCUGUGAGUCUCUUCAAUACCGGGAGAUCUCUGAAGGACAAUUUGAGUUCCGUCUGACAACAAAACAGCUAGAGCAGCUAGAAGAUCAAAUAUGGCUUCUCAUCAGGAAAGGGUUUACAUGGAAGGACGCCUAUACACAGUGUUCUUUACAAAAUCUACUGCUAGCUUUUGCCCAGGGUGAAACAUUUGAUACUCGCUGGUGCGAAGAAGCUUUAUCGCAACCUAAUUCUUAUUCUGAAAAUGUUAAAGAAGAAAUUGCAACAGUAUUACAAAAACUUAUGGACUUUCAAGAUGGCCACCGUCUCCAAGCAUCUGCUGAGGGACUAAGUCAAGCAGGUGUGGAUUCUCUCAUUCCCAGUUCCGAUAAGAGGGAUGAGUUUGUUAACAUCCACAAGUAUUUCGAUGCUUCCAAAGGGCAGUAUAAACGUGACCCAUAUAUGGAAGAAGAAACCAAUCCCCCGAAACUACCUCACUCCUCUAGGGAUGUCCGAUACUUCUGGAGGUGAACUGGCUUAUGUUCAGGAUGUUCCACAGCAGGAGUCAGAGUCAGAAGAAGGUUCUUACGAAAUGGCACAGUAUCUGUUGGCUCUUGAACGUAUGGCCGAAAAGGAGAAGGACCUGUCAGAGCAGGAUCUUGGACUAGGGGAUUACGAAAAUCUGGACUACAUUGAGGAAACUGCAAGUCCAGAAACUGUAAUCAGUGAUGCCCCUGAUGUAAUGAGAACUGAAGAAAUUAGUUAUCCCCCCCUGAAACCAGAGUCUCUGGCACCUGAGAUGGAUGCUGAAGAUAUGGACAAUAAUGCUCCUGCUAACGAAGCUACCGAGCUCCUUGAAAAUCCUGAUUCAGGAAAAGACGACAGCCUAGGGCUUGACUCUAGUGCAGAUGUUCAAGCAGAUCCUGCAAGAGAAGAUCUGGGAAGUGUUCAGGGUGCAGAUAUCCUUUCAAUUUCACCACCAGAUGAGAAGAUGCUGGAGGAUCUUCUUGAAGGGAAUGUGAAGGCUAAGAACCUGGAGGAUCCCCAGCUACAGAGGCUGACCAAGUAUGUGGAGGCUAUGGUGGACACCCUGGACACAGACCCUGCAGACACAGACCCUGUGAACACAGACCCGGUAGACACAGACCCUGUGAACACAGAAGCUCUGGAGAAGGGAAGCAACUCUGAUGUCAUGAACUCUCCUGUUCAGAAGGUUCUUGAAGUACCAAUCAGCCAAUCAGAAGCUAUGGUAGCUCCACCAAUGGAAGAGUUCCCUGUUGACAAGAAAGCAUUGGACCAAUCAGAUGUUGAUGAAACAGAAUCUUAUGAAGAUGUCGAUCCAAAGAGGUCCAAUGUGGUGAAAACUCGCUAUGCUUACGUGGAAGUGGUUCAGCCGAUCACUCCUGACCAAGCCACAGCAUUUGUCCUGAAUCUCACCAAAGUGAUCGGUCUCAACACAACCUUUGUUGAUGAUAUACAAGUUGAAGAUGGUAAAGUGGUGUUCAAGGUGAAGACCAACCCCUACAUGAACGCGUCCGAUGUUGCUGAUAAAGCCAACAGUGAUGACGUGAGGACACAACUGACCAAACUCACCGGCUUUGAUCUGAAGAAUGCUGGGAUCGGCAAGGAGAACCAGGUGGCGCUGAAGAAAGACAACAAGUAUGUUGUUCUGACAUUCAUCCUGGUUGGCUCCAUCGCUGGCAUCCUCCUUGCCGUUGUCGUCAUCUACAUCAUCAAGCGCCACACCCGCUCCAAGGAAAAACUGGCUCAGCUAUCAGCAACAGGCGAAGGAAACGAGGCAUCCAAGGACUACCAGGACUUAUGUCGUCAGCGUAUGCAGAGCAAGUCUUCAGAGAAGCCAGAGCCACUCCAUGCCGCCUCCCGAAUUGGCAGUGUGUCCGAGUCCCAGGUCCGUAGCCCUUCCAGCCGGAGCAGUACAUCAUCCUGGAGCGAGGAGCCAGUGGCAUCCAACAUGGACAUAUCGACGGGGCACAUCGUUCUGUCUUACAUGGAGGACCAUCUGAAGAACCAGGACCGUCUUGACCAGGAGUGGGAGGCGCUGUGUGCAUAUGAGGCUGACCCAUGUGCCACCGCAGUCGCCGCUGACCCUUCCAACACUCGCAAGAACAGAUAUGGCGACAUCCUACCCUAUGACCACUCUCGUGUCGUCAUUUCAACUGCUGCAAAUGUUUCUGGAUCUGACUACAUCAAUGCAAAUUUCAUCACGGACCAUGACCCCCGCAACCCUGCUUUCAUCGCUACCCAGGGACCGCUACCUCACACCGUAGCCGACUUCUGGCAGAUGGUUUGGGAACAAGGCAGUGUGGUCAUCGUGAUGCUGUCCAAACUGACAGAGACUGGAACAGCUAUGUGUCAUCGCUAUUGGCCAGAGGAAGGAAGUGAUCUCUACCACAUCUACGAGGUACACCUUGUGUCAGAGCACAUCUGGUGUGACGACUACCUGGUGAGGAGCUUCUACCUGAAGAACUUGCAGACUAACGAAACUCGCACUGUGACCCAGUUCCACUUCCUCACCUGGCCCAACCUCUGCGUACCUGGAUCAAUCAAGGCACUCCUGGACUUCCGCAGGAAGGUGAACAAGUCUUAUAGAGGUCGCUCCUGCCCAAUUGUGGUUCACUGCAGUGAUGGAUGUGGACGGACUGGAACAUAUUGCCUCAUCGACAUGGUCUUGAACAGAAUGGCUAAAGGUGCAAAGGAGAUAGACAUGGCUGCCACCCUUGAACACAUCCGUGACCAGAGAAUGGGAAUGGUGAAAACUAAGGAGCAGUUCCAAUUUUCCCUGGCAGCUGUUGCAGAGGAGGUGCAUGCAAUUCUGAAAGCCCUGCCCCAAUGAGUACCGAACACGUUACACACGAAACUAAACUACCGACUCACAGAUAUAACUAUACCCACCAUGGUUGGUCAACAGAAUAGGUGCUGUUGUCCUAGUACCAGACACACUGAAAAAUGUCUUCAGUUAAAUCCCCCUGCAGGGUCGAGAACUGUGAUCAGAUGGGUAGAGCUCCAUCAUCUUUGUGUAGACUGUAUUGAAGAACUGGGCGCUAAACAGCCUGUUGUUUUCAUGAGAGUUGCGAGAAUUCUUGAAAUAUUCUCACCAAGUACUUAAGUGUUUACAUGGUAGCACUCGAAUCUACUUAAAACAGGCGAUCAUAUUUAGAAAUUAACAUUUUAAAUUCCCUACAGAACUUUUUUCUGUUCAUGUCACGAAAUAACUGAUUUGAUAGAAUAUUUAUUUCAACAUUGAUCAAGGAGUUGGAUUUUAAGGAGAUGAAAAAUAACAACUAGAUGUAUCCUUAAUUUGUAGCCACCCUAUGCUUGAUGUUAUUGUUUUAAUAUUGUUAUCUAUUUUUGGAUGUGUUGAACAAAUCUGUAGGCAUCCCCCCCCAUGUUAUGAGUGGUCUAUACUAUUUAAAGUAUGUCAUGUCAAUCAGUGUCCGAUUGCAACAUCUUUCAUGUCGACUGUGUCAUGGUAUUCCGUAUCAUGCUAGUAUCAUCAUUUAAGUAUAUUAUUUAUUUUUGAAAUUUUAUUUUUAUUUGAAGUAUUUUAAGAUAAUUUACGAACACUGGAAAAUAACCAAACAUAAAUGCAAGUGCAAUAUCUUUGGUGCAUGUACCACUGUUUAUUAUUUUCUUUCCUUGGUAGUUUUUAAAAGGUUUUGUUUUUCUUUGUAGAUAUUCAACAUAUUGAGCAUCAAAAGUCUUGCACUCAAACAAUCGUAAAGAUAUAAAGUUUUUGACUAGAUUCAAUAUCCUGUGACUAUAUAUUUUCUUUAAUGAUCUGUAAAGUUUUCUUCUUUUUCUGAAAAUAGAGUAUCAUGCUCUGUUAUUGUUCUGAUUAUAAGCAGUGAAUCAAUAUGGAAAAUAUAAUAAGACUGCAGAGAUGAGACUGUGUAUUCUCAGAAUGAAAGAUUUGGGUAUAUUUACAGUUAGAAAAAAUAUGGUAAUGAACAACUGUGGAAGAUAAGAACAACAAGUCGUUAUGUAAUGUUUUCCCACUAACUGUUCCCCUUUCCCUCUCAAAUGGUUGAAGAGUCAUUAUUUUGUUGAUCAAUUUCAAGUAAAGAAUGUUGUUCUGUUACAUUUUGUUACUCUAUGAAAUAAAGUUUGUGAUGAAAGGGAGACAACCCUUGAUUGACUAAUGAUGUUAAGGACUGGUACCUCUUUUCCACGCUGCUGUGAUCAUGUUGAAUUUCAAUAUAAUUUGACUUGGAUAUCUACUUUGAAAGGCUCUUCUCAACUGAAAUACACAAUAUCCAUGAUAAUUAUAUUUUUGAAUUGUGAUAUAUACAUAUUAUAUAUAUAUUUAUUCUCAGAGUGUCUGAGCCUGUUGAUUUGAAGAAGUCUAUGUGUCUAUAGCUCUGAUAUCUUUCAACUAACUUUGAGCCCCUCAUUGUCAAACUGUUGUCAUUGUCAUCUAGUGGGAUUGUUUUUGUGUAGACUUUUGUUGUCAAUAAAUGCUCACAAGCUGCAAAACUUGAA